GGGAACCCUGGAUGUACGGGCCUGGCGGAUCCAUACAUUAAUAUGACUGUUAAAGACUCAAACCUACCAUUCCUUGUUGAUUCAGGAGCAAGAUAUUCCACCAUCAAUUCUCCCGUCUUCAAGGCGUCCAAAACAUCUACAACAGUCUCAGUCAUAGGGUUUUCGGGAAAAAUAGAAAUAAUACCGCUUUCCACGCUGUUAUCCACCAAGAUAGCAGGACAGACAUUCUUACACCAGUAUAUUCUUGCACCAAAAAGCCCGGCUAACCUCAUGGGUAGGGAUAUUCUGAUCAAAGCGAAUGCCUCCAUCCUCUGUUCCCCGGAUGGACUGAUAAUAUCAUUCCCAAAUGGCACAACCAUCAAUUGUUCGUCUUCUACCAUAACAUCAGGUUCUCAGAUGAUGUUGGCCCAGUCCACUGAGGCAGAAGCAACCCAACAUGCCACUAUAUUCUGGGGACUGUUGGACCGACCUCGGGACAACACACCUGGACUGUAUUCCAUUUUUCAACAAUGGAAGCCAUGGAUUAACCUCCUCAGGCCUUAUGGCCCCCCUCCAGACCCCCCCCACCUGACGCUGAAUUAUGAUAGAAAAGACGACCUAAGUUAUGAAUAUGAGUAUGAUAAUGAGGUGUCUAUGGCCGUGUGGGACGUUACCACGACAAAUCUCUUUGUGGGACAGGCGGGUGUGGCUGCGUCGGUUGAGCUCUCUGAUGAACAACUGUACUGGUACCGUUUGUCUGCUGAGUCCACACCACACAUUACAUUAGCUAUCAAAAAGAGUUAUGAAGCUAAAGAACUUGGUCCCAUGGUAAAGACGCUGCUAGAAGUCGAAGAUUGGGAACCUACGCAGAUCGCAGCACUGACAUACUCUCCCUCACACAGAGCGUAUCGUCUUAAAAUCUACACACAAGAAUGCAUCCACAUGGAAAGACACGAAGUAGAUAGACAUCAUGGUAGGGAAAAAACUGACCAUGCAUAUACAGUUGACAUGUUGCGUGAUCUCCCGUCUGACCUGUGGGCGUCGCACUCUCAUGAUGUAGGUUUCUGCUUAAAAGCCACACCAGUAACAUUUGAGGUGAGCAGCUCUGUGCCUGUGAGCCGGUCACAAUACCCGAUCAAGCCACAGGCAAAAGGGGGUGUUGACAAGGCAGUUGAGGGACUGAAGAAAGCAGGGGUGUUAGAACCCUCACAAAGCCUUUGGAAUACUCCCAUACUUCCUGUAUCAAAAUCUAGCGGGGAGUACAGAAUGGCUCAUGAUUUGAGAACCAUUAAUGCUAUUACGACUACAGCUCUGAUACCAGUUCCUAACCCCUACACGGCUAUCUGUAAUGUCUCACCUGAACAUACAUGGUUCACCUGUAUUGACCUAGCCAACGCUUUCUUCUGCAUACCUCUGGCAGAGAGUAUGAGACCUAUUUUUUCUUUUACAAUAGGAGGGGAGAAACUACAAUACACAAGACUACCACAAGGCUUCAGUUUGUCUCCAGGAAUAUUCAACAAAGUGCUCAGGGAACAGCUAGAGGGCGUUACAUUGCCAGUGGGAGUAGUAUUAAUACAGUAUGUAGACGACCUUCUCAUCGCAGCACCUUCUGCAGCCUCUUGUUUGGAGGCCACCAGACACCUACUGGUGCGCCUCCACACAUCAGGGUUCAAAGUCUCCAAGAAAAAGCUACAAUGCACCCGUAAAGAGGUGACAUUUUUGGGCAGAGUGAUUUCCCCAGCAGGCACGGGCAUGUCAGCAGCGCAUCAGGAACACAUUUUGAACCACCCGAAACCCAAGACAGUCAAAGACAUGUUGUCUUUUUUGGGCCUCACAGGCUACAGCAGACACUACAUCCCAGAGUAUAACCCAAGAACAGCUGAACUCAGAAAACUCAUCAACGAGAAAGGCAUGCGCAAUCUCACUGCCACACUAGACUGGACACAAGCGGCAGAAGCUGCGUUCAUUUCUCUCAAACAAUCCAUGUCCCAAGUCACGGCUCUCGCCGCUGCAUCCUAUGCAUUACCAUUCUUUCUUGAUGUUUCUGAAAAUGAAGACACAGUAAAUGGGAUUCUUUUUCAGAAAAAGGGGGGUUGUAGGACAAUAUUGAUGUAUGUCAGUGUUACACUGGACAGAGUGGAAAACAGAGAACCUCCCUGCAUGAGACACGCGGCAGGUACAGCACGUAUCUUAAACAAGAUUUCACACAUUGUGAUGGGCCAUCCUUUGACAGUACUGACAACACACAGCAUUGUCUCUUUUGUGAACUCAAGUGCAUUCACAAUGACUUCAACGAGACAAACAAGGCUGGAGAAAACUCUGACAAAGGCACACAUCACAUACACACACGAAGGAGUUAACAGCGCAGACACCAUAGGUAGCGGAGAGCCCCAUAGGUGUGAGGAAAGAAUCAUUCAAGAUGUGAAGCUAAGAAUAGAUCUCAGAGACGAGCCCAUCCCACAGGCAGAAAACCUGUUCACAGACGGCUGUUGUUUUAGACACCCCCAAAACGGCCUCCAAGCAGCCUAUGCCGUGGUAAAACAAAAACCUGAGGGAAACUUUGAGGAAGUAUCAGCUGGGGAAGUAACAGGGAAAGUAUCAGCACAGUUGGCAGAAGUAAUGGGAGUCAUUGCAGCAUUAGAGCUAUCAAAAGGAAAGGAUGUAAACAUCUACACUGAUUCAGCAUAUGUCCACGGCGUAAUUCACGUGGAAAUGCGACAAUGGUUGAGAGCAGGAUUUGUAACGUCCACAAAUACCCCCAUCAAACAUGAGAAAGAGAUCAGAAGGCUUGCAGAAGCAGUAAUGUUGCCCAACAAGUUAGCUUUACUUAAGUGUAAAGGUCACAACGCAGAAAACAACUACUUGGCUUGGGGUAACAAUGCAGCGGACAAAGCAGCUAAAGAGAAGGCAGGAUAUACACCAUGGUAUCAAAUGCUUGUCUUAAAAUCCGCUGACUUGCUGCCCGCAAUAACAGAUGAGACGCUUAAAGAAGCUCAAGAAGCGGGGUCUCCUCAAGACAAAAAACUAUGGUCAAACCGGGGAGCUACCAACAAAGAGGGGAUAUGGUACUCCCCAGAUGGGAGACCGGUUAUACCCCCAGAGUGGAUAAGAUCCAUGCUUAAAGAAGCACACGGCCCAACGCAUUGUGGUAAAACUCAGAUGAACAGGCACCUGACCCACUGGUGGCACCCAUACCUACCAGACAUGAUAGCAAAUCACCUAGAAGAGUGUGUAAUUUGCUUAACCCAUAACAUCAGAGCCACUGUGAAACCACACCAGGGAAAGUUUCCUUUACCUAAGAUGGCAGGAGAAGAAAUCAUCAUUGACUACACUGACAUGAUUGACAAAGUAAGAGGAUUCAGAUAUUUGUUAGUAGUAGUAGAUGGAUACACAGGUUGGCCAGAAGCUAUCCCUUGCAGAAGAGAAGAUGCAGACUCAGUGAUCAAAUUCCUAGUCACGCAUUACAUUCCAUUACAUGGAUUUCCUAGGAAAGUGAGGUCAGACAAUGGCAGCCAUUUCAAGAACCAUGACCUACGCACAGUAGAAGAGUCCCUAGGACUAAGACACAGUUUUGGAGCAGUUUAUCAUCCACAGUCUCAGGGAAAAGUGGAAAGGAUGAACCAGAACUUAAAACAAAAACUCAGCAAAGCAUGUGAAGAGACGGGCAUGAAAUGGGUAGACGCAUUGCCUCUGGCUCUUCUGUCAAUCAGGAGCUCCAUUAACAAAGGGACAGGUUUCUCUCCAUUUGAGCUCACUUAUGGUCACCAGUUCCCAGGUCCAGGAGCCCUAAGUGUAGGAAAGGAAGUAGAGGUUCUGAGUUCGAAACCAUACUUCCAGCAACUUAAGGGAUUAGUGGCAGAUUUUUCCACCCAGGUUGCAGAGGCAAAAGGGGGACCCGAGAAACACGAAGCGAACACUGCGGAGUUCGUCUGGCUGAAAGCGAUCAGACCCAAGUGGCUGAGACCCAGGUUCUCUGGACCCCAUCGGGUGAUGCAGAGGACAUCUCACGCUGUCCGCUUGGAAGGGAAAGGAGACAUCUGGUACCACUGGAAUCAGUGCGCAGUGGGGAAACCUCCGGGAAGGACCCUAGACGACAUCAUCACGGACGUGGUCCGCGCAGAGGAGGAGGAACCAGAGGACAACACUCCUAUCACCGACCCAGAAGUCGCCAUAAGCGGGCGGGCUGAAGAGGACGGCGAGGAACGGUCCUGAGGGAACGAGGCAGAGCGGGGUGGAUCAACGCUUCCAGAUGGCGUCUGUCUCCUCCACCGGAGGCUGGCGUGUGAAAGCUGUCAUCAUCCUCCUCGUGCUGGGCCUGCUGUACCUGUCCAAGGUAGCCCCGCUUGAUGAAGCUGUGACCAUUCCAACGACAGGUGGCCCAGACUCUGAGGGCAAAAUCACACCAACGGGCCAAUCAGUGCCUAGCGACAAAGACAGGUUGUUUCCAAUCACCACACUAACAUUCAGUACAAUGAGAGAGAGACACAGAGAGAGAAGAAGGAGGAAUGCCCCUCUCUCUGCUUACGAACCACAGA